AUGACGUCUGCUUAUUUAGGUGGCUGUUCUAGUGUUUAUGAUCAGCGUUGUCUUGAUGGAAAGGUGUGGUAUAUAAAAUUACGAUGGUUAUGGUGGGAGUUAGUGUUGCCUCAUGAUCUAGGUUGUCUCUUUACAGUGGUUGAAACUCUUGUGGAGGGGAUUAGGAGUACGCUAGAAAUAAGUAGUCGCGGAUUUCAAGUGAACAAGCCUUCUACCAAAGCAAUCCAGAGCCCUGACGGUGACAUCAUAGAUUGUGUUAUGUUUCAUCAACAACCAGCUUUUGAUCAUCCUCUCUUGAAAGGACAUAAAUUAUUGAAUGCUCCAAAAAGUCCAAGAGAGCAUAAUCAAACGAGAAUUUUGAGUGACAACUUUCAAUUGUGGAGUUUAUCUGGUGAAACAUGCCCCGAAGGAACAAUUCCAAUUAGAAGAACAAAAGAACAAGAAAUAUUAAGAGCUUCGUCUAUUAACAAAUUGAGAAGAAAAUUCAAUAUUAUACAAAAGGAUACCGUUAGCAAUGGACACGAGUAUGCAAUUGGGACCGUGACUGGGGAUGCGUUCUAUGGAGCAAAAGCUACCAUUAAUGUGUGGGCCCCACAUGUAGAAACUAACCCACCAGAAUUUAGCUUGGCUCAAAUAUGGAUCGUCGCUGGUACAUUUGGAACAGACCUCAAUUCCAUUGAAGUUGGUUGGCAGGUUUAUCCUGCGAUGUAUGGAGACAGCCAACCUAGAUUAUUUAUAUUUUGGACGUAUGCACUUGGAGCUGUUCAAACUAGUACAUCACUUGCACUUGGAGCUGCAAUUUCUCCUACUUCUAUCUAUAAUGGACAGCAAUUUGAAAUUAACUUAAUGAUCUCGAAGGAUCCAACAAAUGGGAAUUGGUUACUUAAAUUUGGAUCUAAUUUUAAUGAAGAAAUUGGGUACUGGCCAUCCUCAUUGUUCACACAUUUAAACGAUAAGGCAACGAUGAUUCAAUUUGGUGGAGAAAUAGUGAAUAAAAAGUCAACAGGGUCUCACACUUCUACCCAAAUGGGUAGUGGACAUUUUGCUGAGGAAGGUUUUGGAAAAGCUUCUUAUUUUAAGAAUUUGCAAGUUAUGGAUUCAAAUAGAAACUUGAUUUCAUUGCCAAAUCUACAAGUGGAUGCAGACAAUCAAAAUUGUUAUAACAUACAAGCAGGGACUAAUGAUGACAUGGGAAAUUAUUUUUACUAUGGUGGACCUGGCAAGAAUGACAAAUGUCCUUAA